CCGGCCCCCGCGGCCUAGUCUGUUGCCGCUUCCUGUUUGGACUGGGAGUCCCGCGGUCGCAAAUUGUGAGAAUUUGGGAAGGGAGUCUUCAUCUUCUCGUCUAGUUCUCCGAGGUUGAAGGCUCGGCCUGCUCAGAGAAGGAAACUGAGGUCCACCGAGUUGGAGAAACCCACUCAACACCAGCAGGACUUCUUUAAGGCCUACGAUGAAGGUGUGUCUUCACAGGAAAGAUUUACAUUUGCUUCUAUUGGUUACCUAGAAGACUAACUUCUUCAGUGCUUAGAGUGUGAGAAAAAUGGCAAAUAUGAAUAGUGAUUCUAGGCAUCUUGGCACCUCUAAGAUAGAUCAUAAAAGAGAUCCUGGACCUAUGAAUAUCCAGUUUGAGCCGUCAGAUCUAAGAUCCAAAAGGCCUUUCUAUAUAGAGCCCACAAACAUCGUGAAUGUGAAUCAUGUCAUUCAGAGGGUUAGUGACCAUGCCUCCGCCAUGAACAAGAGAAUUCAUUACUACAGCCGGCUCACCACUCCUGCAGACAAGGCACUGAUUGCCCCAGACCAUGUAGUUCCAGGUCCAGAAGAGUGCUAUGUGUAUAGCCCAUUGGGCUCUGCUUAUAAACUUCAAAGUUACACUGAAGGAUACGGUAAAAACACCAGUUUAGUAACCAUUUUUAUGAUUUGGAAUACCAUGAUGGGAACAUCUAUACUAAGCAUUCCUUGGGGCAUAAAACAGGCUGGAUUUACUACUGGAAUGUGUGUCAUCAUACUGAUGGGCCUUUUAACACUUUAUUGCUGCUGCCGAGUAGUGAAAUCACGGACUAUGAUAUCUUCGUUGGAUACCACUACCUGGGAAUAUCCAGAUGUCUGCAGACAUUAUUUCGGCUCCUUUGGGCAGUGGUCGAGUCUCCUUUUCUCCUUGGUGUCUCUCAUUGGAGCAAUGAUAGUUUAUUGGGUGCUUAUGUCAAAUUUUCUUUUUAAUACUGGAAAGUUUAUUUUUAAUUUUAUUCAUCACAUUAAUGACACAGACACUAUACUGAGUACCAAUAAUAGCAACCCUGUGAUUUGUCCAAGUGCCGGGAGUGGAGGCCAUCCUGACAACAGCUCUAUGAUUUUCUAUGCCAAUGACACAGGAGCCCAACAGUUUGAAAAGUGGUGGGAUAAGUCCAGGACAGUGCCCUUUUAUCUUGUAGGGCUCCUCCUUCCACUGCUCAAUUUCAAAUCUCCUUCAUUUUUUUCAAAAUUUAAUAUCCUAGGCACAGUAUCUGUCCUUUAUUUGAUUUUCCUUGUCACCUUUAAGGCUGUUCGCUUGGGAUUUCAUUUGGAAUUUCAUUGGUUUAUACCAACAGAAUUUUUUGUACCAGAGAUAAGAUUUCAGUUUCCACAGCUGACUGGAGUGCUUACCCUUGCUUUUUUUAUUCAUAAUUGUAUCAUCACACUCUUGAAGAACAACAAGAAACAAGAAAACAAUGUGAGGGACCUGUGCAUUGCUUAUAUGCUAGUGACGUUAACUUAUCUCUAUAUCGGAGUCCUGGUUUUUGCUUCAUUUCCUUCACCACCAUUAUCCAAAGAUUGUAUUGAGCAGAAUUUUUUAGACAACUUCCCUAGCAGUGACACCCUGUCCUUCAUUGCAAGGAUAUUCCUGCUGUUCCAGAUGAUGACUGUAUACCCACUCUUAGGCUACCUGGCUCGUGUCCAGCUUUUGGGCCAUAUCUUCGGUGACAUUUAUCCUAGCAUUUUCCACGUGCUGAUUCUUAAUCUAAUUAUUGUGGGAGCUGGAGUGAUCAUGGCCUGUUUCUACCCAAACAUAGGAGGGAUCAUAAGAUAUUCAGGAGCAGCAUGUGGCCUGGCCUUUGUAUUCAUAUACCCAUCUCUCAUCUAUAUAAUAUCCCUCCACCAAGAAGAGCGUCUGACAUGGCCUAAAUUAGUCUUUCACGUUUUCAUCAUCAUUUUAGGUGUGGCUAACCUGAUUGUUCAGUUUUUUAUGUGAAAUACCUCAACUGUUUUUUCAAGAGCUCUCAUGAUAUUUUGAGCCUUGACAAUAGUUCUAUAUAAAUUCACUUGUAAAUGCUGCUGUUGUGUAAUUCUAAAUAUUUUCUAAGAUAAUUUGAAAGCAAGGGAAAUAGUGGCCCCUUAAUAAGUAUGUUUUUAUUGGGGUGGGGAAAGGGGCAAAAAGAAUGAUCUUAGUGUCUUUACCUUUCUCAUAUUAACUCACCUCUUUAUUCUGUGGUCUUUUCUGAAUAGAAAUGUAUGCCCUAGGAAGAAAUCAUGCUGGGUUUUGCUUUUAGAGAUAAAAGGUGGUGGAUUUAUUUUGCCUGCAGUAAAAAUUCUCAGGGUGUCAGAGCAGCAUAUUGCCAAAUCCUGCUUCUGUUUUAUGUUUCAGUGUAUUCACUUUCAUUUUCUUACUUACUAGACCAUUUCUGCAGUUUGCCCAAACCUCUACUGUUUGGGACAGUAAAUCAAAUACCUCAUUUUUAAAAAGAAGUUUUCAUGGCAUCAGUGUUAAUAAAGUACAUUUUUAGCUGAGUCUUAAUCUCUAUUUGAAGAAAAAGUAGAGACAAAAGUAAUGUCAAUGUAAUCCCCAGGAUCAUGGAAUGUAUACAAAAUAAACAAAGUAGUAGAGUUUGUUGCUG